GAGUUUUGGAGAAGGACGGUACCUGAAGAUCUGGCUUCCUGUACUCCACUGAGGGCUGUGGUGAACAGUUUUCCCAAUUUGCUACUUUUAAAAUUUAAACAGCAGCUUUGCUUAUUGCAAGGAAAUUUGCAGUGAUCCUCGUGAGCGUUGCUUUUAAGCUGUGUUAAAUUUGUGGCCAGAGUGUCAGGCAUUUCAUACUUGGCUUCCAAAACAGAAAAAAAAAAAGAAAAGAAACAAAAGAGAGAGAAGAAAACACCGGCAUGUGGGGAAGAAAUCUCCCAGGAAUUUCUUCAAAGUUGUAGUCAGACACCGUAAAGGCUAAAGUGACAAGAAAAGCAAGGCAAAGAUACAACUUGGUAUUGUGAUAAGAUGUCUGAGUGCAAAGUGGGAGGUUGCAGAAACCUUUUGGGAUUACACAUGCUCAUCUUGUUCUGGAUAUGACAGAAUACAAGAUAGUUUUUCUCUAGUGACGGUUCAAAAAAACCUCAAGAUUAUGUUUCUCUUCAUUGUUGCUUUUUUGCCUGUGGUUUUUAAAACUGGUUUUGUCAGCCUCACAGCUCUGCAGCACUGGAACUGUCCUAAUGGAUACAGAUUAAAGACUGAAAACUCUGUUUGUAUGGAUAUCGAUGAAUGCCUUGAAGGUGGUCUGGGUACCUGUGGCCAAACCUGCAUCAAUGUUCCAGGGUCGUAUGUCUGCUCCUGUUUGCCUGGCUACACUUUAGACAUUGACAAACGAUCUUGCUAUGUGAACGAUCCUGCACCAUUCCUACUUUUUGGCCAUGGAAAUGCUAUCUUUAGAAUUGACACUGGAGGGACUAAUCAUGAAAGAUUGGUGGCUGAUACUGGUCAGUCAACGCUUAUGGAUUUUCAUUAUGCAGAAGAGAAAGUGUAUUGGGUAGACUCUGAAAGGCGACUACUUCAAAGAAUUCACCUGAAUGGCACAAAUCGAGAGAGACUAUGUUACAUAGACAAAGGUAUUUCAGGAUUUGCUAUUGACUGGAUAAAUCAAAACAUUCUUUGGGCAAAUAGGCAGAAAGCAACCAUAGAAAUGACAGACAUGAAUGGGAAAAAACGCCGAGUUCUUCUGAGAGAUAUUGGUCGUCCCACAAGGAUUAUCAUUGAUGCUGAGCAAAGGCUAUUAUUUUGGUCUUCAGAUGGCACAGUUUCCAGCGUAAACAGAGUGUCCCUCAGUGGAAGUGACAUGAGAAACAUUUUAAGAACCACAGAAAAAAUAAAGGCCAUCUCACUAGAUCUGGUUGACGCAAGGCUCUACUGGAUCCAACAUGACCACGGGAAAGAGAUUUCCCAUAUUGGAUCAUGCAACUAUGAUGGCGGAGCUGUCCGUUUACUCAAAAAUUCUGUCCGACAUCAAUUGCUUGGUAUGUCUCUCUUUGCUGAGCAUCUGUACUAUUCAGAGUUGAAAUCUGGUAUGAUAUGGAGAGCCAACAAAUAUACUGGAAAAGUUGUAGUCACAAUUAGCCUGAAGCCAUCAUUUUUUCCACCAGUGGAGAUAAAAGUGGUGCAUCCAUUUAAGCAGCCAGGUGCAAAAACAGUUUCUCAGGAUUUUGAAACAGGAACUUGUGAUUUGAACAAAGAAAAGUGCAGAAGAAGAAUCUGCAGGCCAGACUCAAGGACUCAUCACUGUAAAUGUUCUAGUGGCUUUAUUUUAAGUCGAAAUAAACAGUUUUGUGAAGAUAUCAAUGAAUGCGGCUUCUGGAAUCAUGGCUGUACUUUGGGCUGUGUGAAUAUCCCCGGAUCCUACUACUGCACCUGCCCGAGAGGUUUUGUUCUGCUACCUGAUAGGAAAACAUGUCACGAGCUGAUUUCCUGUACGAGUAAUGAUACUGACUGCAGCCAUGGUUGCCUUCAAACAUCUAAAGGGCCUGUUUGCUUUUGUCCUGAAGGAUCUAUACUCAAAACAGACAGCAAAACAUGCACGGGUUGUACAUCUCCGGAUAAUGGUGGCUGUAGUCAGAUAUGUUCUUCUUUAAGCCCAUCCUCUUGGGAGUGUGCUUGUUUCCCUGGAUAUAAGCUUCAGCGAGAUGGAAAGCGCUGCACUGCUCUAGGUCCUAAGCCAUUUUUGUUGUUUGCAAAUGGCCAAGAUAUCCGCCAGAUCAGUUUUGAUGGAACAGAUUAUGCAAGUUUACUUGACUGGCAGAUGGGAAUAGUCUUAGCGUUGGACUCUGACCCGGUGGAAAAUAAGAUUUACUUUGCACACACUGCCUUGAAGUGGAUAGAACGAGCUAAUCUGGAUGGCUCAAAUCGUGAAAAAGUUAUUCAUGAAGCUAUAGAUAUACCCGAAGGCCUUGCUGUGGACUGGAUUAACCGUAAAUUGUAUUGGACAGACAGAGGGAAGGCUUGCAUAGAAAGGAGCAAUCUGAAUGGAAUGCAAAGAAAAAUGAUCAUCUGGGAGGAUAUCUCCCAGCCCCGAGGGAUUGCCGUUCACCCAUUUGCUAAGAGAUUAUUCUGGACUGACAUGGGGGUCAAUCCUCGGAUUGACAGCUCUUCACUAGAAGGCAUCGAUCGCCAGGUUAUAGUCAGCACUGGUCUGGUGUGGCCCAGUGGAAUAGCUCUCGACUACUUAGCUGACAAGUUGUACUGGUGUGAUGCUAAGCAGUCAGUGGUUGAGAGUGCAAACCUGGAUGGCUCUGGUCGUCGAAUUCUUGCACAGAAUGAUGUAGGCCACCCUUUUGAUGUAGCAGUGUUUGAGGAUCACCUUUGGUUUUCUGACUGGACUAGGCCAUCGCUAAUGAGGGUGGACAAGAAGACCGGCCAAAGCAGGGUACGUCUUCGAGGCAGCAUGCUGAGACCCUCAUCAAUGGUUGUAGUUCAUCCUUUGGCGAAACCAGGGGCAAAUCCUUGCCUUUAUGACAAUGGAGGCUGUGCUCAGAUCUGUGAAAACAAUUUUGGAGUUGCCCAUUGCGUGUGCCAUCCAGGAUUUGGGAAAACUCAGGGUGGAAAAACCUGUCGUGCUCUGGAUGCUUCCAACACAACAGCAGGAAGUGAGGUAGUGCAGGUCACAACAUCAGAGACCUUGGUCCAGAGCACACAAAGCAGCGAGAUAUUCAAGGAUAUGGACAGUGGGGAAAAGCAGAAAAUCAGUGUUUUGUUGAUGGCUGAAAUCAUGGUAUCAGAUCAAGAUGACUGCACUGCAUUAGAAUGUGGUACCAAUGCACAGUGUGUUUUGAUGGAAGAUGGUGCUAUAUGCCAGUGUUUGAAAGGAUUUACCAGGAAGGGGAAAUCAUGCUAUGAUGUUGAUGAGUGCUCUGGAAAUAUGGACCACUGUAAUCGAAACGUGUCGAGCUGCAUCAAUACAGAAGGGGGCUAUGUCUGUAAAUGCCUGGAGGGCUACACUGGAGAUGGAGUCCAUUGCUAUGGCAUGGAAUCUACUGUAUCCCCCACUGUUGUGAGCAAUGAAUACCCUACACAGCCUGUGCAAACUGAUACUGUAGGAUGCCCUCCUUCCUAUGAGUCAUACUGCCUCCAUGGUGGAGUGUGCAAUUAUGUUUCUGAUCUACAAGACUACGCCUGCAACUGUGUGACAGGUUACGUCGGGGAGCGGUGCCAGUUCAGCGACCUGGAAUGGUGGGAGCAGCAGCAUGCUGAGCGGGCAAAGAUGCGGAAUAUCACCAUUGCAGUGUGUGUAGCAGUGCUGGUCCUCCUUCUCCUGCUGGGGUCCCUGGCUGCCCACUGCCACAGAAGUCAAAACUUUUAUAAGAAGAAUCUCUAUGCAGAAGCAAUAAGAGAUGCCAGCAGCCACACUGACAAUGAGAACGUGACACCUACUAGCAACAAGUCUCGGUUCGUGAUUGUUAAGGAGUAUAACAGUUCUCUGGAGACUAAAGUGGUUGAUCUGAUUGAGUGUGAGACAACAGAUCCUCAUCCUGCCUGUCCUUCAGAAUAUGUGGAAGAACAGCCUAUAACAUAUGACAAAGCAGCAGAGACUUUGGCAGAAGAGGAGAAAGAACAAGGCUGUCAACAAGAGGUUCCUGUUUGUGAGAAAUUGCAUCAGCCCCUGGCAGCAGUUAAGAGCCCUCCCCAGACUCCCUGGAACAUCCACCCCAACCCCUUGCAGGAACCGGAGCCCUGCAGACUCACCCCAGCCAGCCUGCUGAUGCAACCAGACUAGAAGCAGCCUGGGUUUGAACAGGAAAAAGAGGAAGGAUGAAGUCAGUAGAGAAUGGGAACUCAGAAAACACUGAAGCAACUUUCUUUUUUUUU